UCUAUACUGUCACAAGUGAAAUUUCACCCUAAUUUCUCAAUUCAUUAUUAUACAAUGUUAAAUAAAAGACAGGAAGAUUAUUGUUUACAACAAUUACGAAUAACACAAUUAUUUUUGCCUCGUAAUUUCCUCGCGUAAGCUCCGCGUCAUUUUUCAAAAAUUCGCGAAUUCAUCUCGACCAAAUGAACGUAGAAGGGGCUACUCGAGUAAUCGUUUGACACGGGACCAACUUCCGGUGAACGAUGUCAGCUUGUCUUGCUCUCGCGCGAUUCUUUUCACACGUUUCUUUCCACGGCGAAUUCUACGGCCGAUCGACCCACUGACGAAAGCAAGAACGAGAAGACCGAGAUGGCGAGGAAGUCGAUCCUCGUGUACGAUCUGUUGAAAACCGAGCAACCGCCAGAAGGUUUCACCGAGAGGGAGAUCGUAGAACAGAUCAGUACCAAGCACGACAUCAUGGCUGGCAAGACUCUUCGGAAGCAGGUGUCCGUGGCGCUUCGUCGUGGCGUCGAUUUUGGCAUCAUCGCCAAGAAAAACAACAAAUUUAGAUUCGAUCCGGACAGUGCAAAGGUUAGUACCACUAGACGUCAAACCUCAUCGCGGAAGAAAGCUCGAGGAAAAAGUAAAAGUAGAACCGUUAAAAGAACAACGAAAACGCAGCAACGAUCGAGCACGAAGAACAAAAAUCGUAACCAGAAGCGACCGGUGCCGCAGCCUAAUCUACCAAAAUCGUGGACACCGAGCAAGAGAAACUUGGCUGACGAACCACUGUCGAAAGUGAAGAAAAUUUGAUUUUUAUAUACACAUUUUUCUAGGUGUGUGUGUG